UUCAGUUUGCAGCUUUGCAAUAACACUCUUCUCUCUGUCUCUCUCCACUACUCGCCGCUGAUUUAGAUUUUCUCGCCGCUGUUUUGUGAUUACGAUUUGAUUCGUAUCUGGAAAGAGCUCAUCAUUUCACACAUACUGAUGUUUUCCGGAGUAUAAAACACUAUUCUAAUUAUUUAGUUGGUUUGUUGCACUUGGUUGUUGAUCCUGCAAUCGGAGUGAGGAAGAAGGUGUUUCUUGUAUAGAUAUGAUUGUAGACCUGGCUUUUGUUACUGCUUUGAGUGUUGUAUAAAGAAAACUGGAGGAAUGUCUGACUGUUGCAUGAAUGAGGUUCUCAAGGCAUGGAAGAUAAAUGGUGGAGCUUGAAUAUACCUUCUGGAAUGAGUUUGACCAGACUGAAGAUCACAUACUGUCACCUCCUGGUCAUGAACAUGAAACUGAUCCUCAACUAGAGAGUAGUAGCAACAAAAGACCUCGACGUGAAGUGACUGGUAUUUCAAGUCUCAGUGGAGAAAUUUUUUCUGUCAAAUAUAAGAGUCAGCAAAAGGACGCCAAAAGCUUUCAAUAUCUAGAGAACAUUAAGAAUACUAUGUUGGAGAAUGAAAGCUGGUCUCAAGCACCUGAAGGUGUGUUAUCAGCUUCACGUGAUAAUACCACAGCCAAUCAAAUGACUCCCUUAGCAUUUAAUGAUGCAAGGAUGCCUACUCAUUGUUUAAAAAGUAGCAAUGGAUUUGAUAGUGAUUUUUCUGCUCAUGAUCAAAUAACUGCAGUUGAGAGUGACACAUAUAACUACCCACUUGCUGGAAUUUCUCCAACAGAAAAUGAACCAAGUUUUCUUGACAAUGAUCAUGAUUAUGGAUGGCCUGAGAUUGGAAAUUUUGAGGAUGUCGAUCACAUGUUUAGAAGUUGUGAUUCAACAUUUGGGAUCGGCAAUGGAAAUGAGUUAAGUUGGUUUUCAUCUGUUGAAGGAUCUGAAGAUGUACUUAAUUCAGAUUUUAAGUUCUAUUCUGAAUCAAGUCCUUUUAAUGAUGCACCAAAACAAAAUGAAGUUUGUAAUUUGCAUUCAGUUGACAACUCAAAUGCAGAAAGUGGUUCUGUUCCUCACUCAUUAGUUGUUAAUAAACCUAAUGUUUUCCAUCACUUGAGUUUCUUGAACGGUUGUGAUGAUAAUACUGCUAGCGAUGAUGAACUUAAGCCAAAGGAACUUGAGUCAAAUGGCAGCAUACAGCUCAAGAAUUCCAAAUUUAACUUUGUUAAAAAGUCUGAUUUGCAGAAGCAGCAUUUAAAACAGUCAAGUCAAUUUGAUGGGAGAAGGAUGGAUGGAUUCCUGCAAAAUUGUGAUACAUUCCAUCAAACAGGUAACUUGCAGUUCAAAAAAACAAAGAUCCCAUCAGGAGCUGUAACUCAUCAGGUUUAUACCCCUCCAGGAGCUGAUCCCGACUGUUAUUAUUAUGGUGAUCUGUCAAAUCAUGUUCCAGUCAAUCCAUCCAUACCAGGUGCCAGGUCCGAAAGUAGUAGUAUUACCUCUUCUUCUCCAAAGGAGUCUUCUUAUGUAUCAAACCAAGUACAAUUACUUGAAUCCUAUUAUGAUCGUUCAUUUGAUGCUCCUAAUAUCAAAAUGUAUGAGGAAAGCAAUAAGUUGCAGUACAGACUAGGAUUCCAAUCUUCAUGUAAAACAGAUGCUAACCAUAUAAAUUCAUCAGUGCCAACUGCUGCAUGCGAUUUAACGGCUUCUCAGAACCAACAAUCUUAUAAGCUAAAAAAUGAACCAGAGAAUCACAGAGAGAUGAAUGGAGUUAGUUGUGGAAAUCCUGCUGAAAUUGAUUCCUUCUAUGCUCCAGAAAGCUCUUUGGAAUUUGGUUUAGAUGACAUCUCACUGGAAGCAUUUAGUUUUCGUCAGCUUCAACAAGUCACAAACAAGUUGGACAUCAGGACAAAGUUGUGCAUAAGGGAUAGCUUAUAUCGCUUAGCAAGAAGUGCUGAACAUAGACACAAUCAGACAACUCUCCAUGGAAAUUCAGACGCUACUGGGACAGUGAUAGUUGAGGAAGCAAAUAAAUGCAAUGGUUUUGCAGACAUGGAGUCGGAUACAAACCCAAUAGACAGGUCUAUAGCACACUUACUGUUUCAUAGGCCAUCAGACUCCUCAUCUUUGAUGCCUGGCGAGUCACAUAGAACGAUUCAUGGGUAUGGUGGGUCAACAUCUGGUCAACAUGAAGAAACUGCCAUUGAUAAAUAAGUAAAUUGGCUUUUGCAAGGGCAUAGUGAUAAAAUUUCACGAAUCGCCAUGCAGUAGUACCAAUAUAAGGUAACUGUCUAUCGUCCUUUUCUUUUGAGCCAAGCACUGUAAACCCCCUUAUCAUCGUUCUUAUUAACUAUGCUGAUAUUUGGCAUAUUUUAGAAUGUCAAUAGAUCGUCUCGUGGAAGUAGAGUUUUAAGUAUGAUUUCUGUAUAUUAUUACACAAUUAAAUCUUCAUGGUAUCUAUGUUGGUAUCACAAGAAUUCCUCCCAUGAGAGGCCUAAAUAAGAUUUUGAUCAAUCAGCUACACGAUUUGG